GACGACGACGACGAGGACGAGGACGAGGACGACGAGGAGCAGGACGUGGAGUGGUCCGCCGAGGACCUGGAGGUCAUCAAGCAGAAGAUCCUGGACGGCCUGGGCCUCACCACGCCCCCCUCAGAUCCCAGGCUAACAUCACUAAGGAAGAGUAUGAUAUGGCCUAUAGUGAAUACUUACGACUGGUAGAGGAGGAAAGGAAUCGCUUCCCAGACACCUACCUCGGCGAAGAGGAGGAAGACGACAGCGAGGAGGACGAGGAGGAGGAGGAGGAGGAGGAGGAUGAGGAUGACGAAGAGGAGGAGGAGGAAGAGGAGACAACCAAUUCUGCUUCCUACCGCUUUUACAGCACCGGGGUGACACAACACAGGAGAAAACGUGGGCGGCGCAGCACGCAGGGCGCGGGGCAGGUGGUGCACUUCCACGUGGCGGUGCCCGUGCGGCGCGUGUACCACCACGCCCACGACGUGAAGCAGGCCACGUGCCGCCUGUGGAAGACGGGUGUCGCCCUGCAGGACACCGCCUCGGCCGCCGCGCCCGCCAGUGUGGCUGUGAGCGUGUACCAGAUGAGCCAAACGAGCCGCCGCCGCCGCCGCAAGAAGCAGCAGGCGCGGCCCGUGCUGCUGCAGACGCUCAACGUUACGGCGGCGGGCGACGAGUGGCUGUCCGUGGACGUGACGCAGGCGGUGCGGGAUUGGGUGCGGGCGCCGCGUGAGGACGCGGGCGUGCUGGUGCGCUGCCCGGACUGUGCCGCCGCGGGCGUCACCAUCCACACGGGCGCCGCGGCCUCCAACACGACGCACGUGCCCACGCUGGACGUGGUGACGGAGCUGCCGGCGGGGCGCCGCGCCAAGCGCUCCACGCAGCUGAGCCGCGCCACGCGCGCCAAGUGGAGGAAGCGCGGCGACUGUCGCGACAUGAACCUGUCGGGGCGCCGCCGCCGCUCCAACUGCUGCCGCCGCUCCAUGAAGGUGCGCUUCAAGGACUUGCCGGACUUCGAGUUCAUCGAGUCGCCCAACGAGUUCGACGCGUUCUACUGCAGCGGGCGCUCCCCGCGCUACAACCCCGCCAACGAGCACGCCCUGCUGCAGUCCCUCCUCAAGCUGCAGCACAAGAAGAAGAUCCCCAGGCCGUGCUGCGCGCCCACCGCCCUGCGCGGCCUGCACAUCCUGCACCUCACCAAGGAGGGCAGGAUCACCACCACCUACUGGGACGACAUGAUCGUGACGGCCUGCGGCUGUGCCUGAGCCGCCGUCGCCGCCGCCGCCGCCGCCGCCGCCGCCGCCCCGCUGCUCCCACUAGUCACCCACUACGCUUCCCGUAGCGGCAGGGCGUCGCGCCGCCCGCCAGCCUCGCCGUGCCCCGUGUGCUCCGUGUGUUCAGUGGACGUUACCGUUCCUCACGCGUCGCGGUGUUCCUUAGUUGAGUGAGGGCAGCAGCGUGUGGCAGGCCCGCACCGCCCCGCCCCGCCCCGCCCCGUCUGCUGUGUGUGUGUGUGUGUGUGUGUGUGUGUGUGUGUGUGUGUGUGUACAUGUACGUACACGUGUGUGUGCGUGUGUGAGUGCGUCACGGAGACAGACAGUCCGCGGUGUUGGUCCCUGCGUCGCGCUGCGCCCCUCACAGCCGCUGCUCGCCCUCAGUUUAUACUUUUAUAUGGACACGGGUGUCGCCAUCUUGGUGUUUGGCGUGAGCGUCAGCCUCGCGUCACUGGUGCGGUUGUCCCUGCCCCCUGUGCCCCCCGCCCCCUGUGCCCUGUGCCCUGUGCCCCCUCCCUCCCGCCCCCCGCGUCGGAACAACCUCGUCGCCUCAACUUUCCUUUCUGUGACGCUAAUGUUGACGACUUGGGUUCCGCCACACUGUGCGUGUGUGCGUGCGUGCGUGUACAUGCGUGUGUGCGUGUGUCGGUGUCGGUGUUCAGUGUCCCGCUGUGAUAAGUGUACACAUCCGUGGCCGCCAGGGGUCGGCAUCCCCCCUGCGCCCCCACGUGUCAUCACCACUAAUACAUAGAGUUACCCCGCCAGUCGCUGCAGCACGCCGGUGUUGUCUGUGUGUCUGUGUGUCUGUCUGUCUGUCUGUCCUGUUAGUGGCCCACAGCCUGCUGGGGGGAGGGGGGAGGGGAGGGGGGAGGAAGGGGGGAAGACAAUGACAAACAAACAAUCAUUAUCAUUAUUAACAUCAAGUAUAUUUUUUGUACACAUUUUGUUUUAUUUCUUUUACCGCAUUUCCCGUUUUCUUUGUUUUUUUUUCUGUUCCACUUUUUGUUUUGACUUGUUUGUUCACUCGUUUGUUUGUUUGUGCCAUAGUUUGUUUGUGUUCACUUGUAACGAUGGCGCCUCACUCGCUCCGGCCCCCGUGUGUGUGUGUGUGUGUGUGGUGCGCGUGAUGGGGUUCGAACCGCUGUCUCGAACCAUCACUGUUUCGGAGCACCGGUGUAUCGAACCAGGCCACACCACCACCACCACUACCACCACCUCAUUGUUUCCUCAUGUCCACAGCAUUUCUGAUCUUCCUUACUUCUUUCCCGAUAAAUUCUCAGCGUUUUUCUCAUUUUAUCUUCCUUUUUUAACAAAGAUUUCUAGGUUUUUUUUUUUUUUAAAAGAUUCGCGUUUUAUUUUCUUGUCUCCUGAGUUUAGAUUCCAAAAAUUUUACCUGUACAGUUUCAUGUUAACUUCACCUGCCCAAACCUAACCCAACCCAACCUAACCCAGCCCAAACCCAACCCGACUCAAAGCAACCCAACUCAAUCCAACUUACCCUAACACAACCCAACCUAACCUAACCUAACCUAACCUCACCUCACCUCACCUCACCUAACCUAACCUAACCUAACCUAACCUCACCUCACCUCACCUCACCUCACCUCACCUAACCUAACCUAACCUAACACAACCCAACCUAACCUAACCUCACCUCACCUCACCUCACCUCACCUCACCUAACCUAACCUAACCUAACCUAACCUAACCUCACCUCACCUAACCUAACCUAACCUAACCUAACCUAACCUAACCUCACCUAACCUAACCUAACCCUACCUGUCCUAAUAACCUCAUCACCUCAUUCACUCUGCCGUGACAUUAAUUUAUUUAUUGCACACAUCAAUGCAUACACAAGACUAAGACAGGAAAAUAUUAACCCCCCUCUUCCUUCACUGCUCCCCCUCCCCCCGUCAGCCCCCUCAAUCACCCCGCCCCCCUAAAAGCAGUAAUUUAAAUGGUUAAUCUUUUUAGUUUCAUUUUGGUGUAAGUGUGUGUGUGUCCCGACUUAACCUACCCUAACCUAACUUGACCUGACCUAACGUAGCCUCAGUGUUCUAUGAUAGGCCAAGGCAGGUCACGUGACUCCUAACCUAACUAGCCAAUCACAGCCUCCGUUUGGCCCUCUCCCUCAGACGGUCCAAUCACGGUGCAGGAGUGACAGUGCGUUAGCCAAUCAGAGGACAAGAUUCAGGGAAUGAGGGUAUCAGAGGUGCUUAUUGGCUGUUGCUUCAGUUACCCUUUAGACGCCAAGGGGGAGGUUGUCACGUCCUGCUCCUCCUCUUCCUCCUCCUCGUCCCUGUUCUUCAUUGCGGGUGUUUAAGGUAACUAAUUAAAAACACACAGGUAUUUCCGGCAAAGGUGUGUCAAGAUGUUUACUGAGAGAGUUUCACGCUUAGAGGUUUAAACGUUAGACAAACUGUACGUAACAUGUUAACGAUCAAUUAUAUAUCAAGACAAAAAAAGAACUAUGUAUUGUAAUGUGUGUGUUGUUGUUGUUGUUGUUGCUGUUGUUGUUGUUGUAUUCUCUCUCUUGUGUUUUUCUUUAUCAUUUUUUUUUAUUAUCAUUUUUUUGGUUUUGUUUAGGCGUCUGUCUGUCUGUCUGUCUGUCUGUCUGUCUUGUCUGUCUGUCAGUGUGUGUGUGUGUGUGUGUGUGUGUGUUUGGUUUCGUUUUGAUUUAUUUUUCUAUUCCUUUUUUGGGUCUGUGUGUGUGUGUGUGUGUGUGUGUGUGUGUGUGUGUGUGUGUGUGUGUGUGUGUGUGUGUGUGUUUGCUUUGUCCAUGUAAGUUUCUUUUUUUCUUCAAUACCUCUCUCUCUCUCUCUCUCUCUCUCUCUCUCUCUCUCUCUCUCUCUCUCUCUCUCUCUCUCUCUCUCUCUCUCUCUCUCUCUCCAAAAA